AUGCAAGCGGCGCAAGUGACGCAAGUGACGCAAGUGGCCAGCAGCUACGCCAUUGGGCAGAGUUUGGGACUCCAUGCAGCCAUGGGUGGAGCUACAUGCCGUCCCUGCUGCGAGGAUGGCAAUGACAGCAACCAGAUGGUCACGGUUGAGACCAUGACCUCGGUUGCGGAUGCCAUAAAGCUCGAGCAACAUGACAAAUCCAGACUAACCUCAACAGGCUUCUUGGGAGGAGUGCUGCAGGGCAGAUGGAGAAGAAUGGAUGACAAGUCUCUUCUAGGCCGAAUCCACGCAAACAAGAUGAUUUGGCAGCCACUGUACCAGCACCCGCCAACCACUCUUAGACCAGCUGGUGAAGACAGGAUUUACAUGGACCUGGAGGGCUCGCGGCAUGAAGGUAUUGUGGUGUUUUCUGCGUCAAGCAGCAAGCUGCUCAUCAACUGGAGUGACGGUGAAAUCUGGACAAAAGAUCCAUAG